AUGGUGCUGGGCCGGGAGGUGGCUUCAGCAGGGGUUGGAGAGGGUGACAGCUGUGUCCUGUACUACCUACAGCAUCCGUGUGCACGCACGGGCCUACGCCCUGUGCAGGUGAAUGCACACGGUCGGGCACGCAGGGGAGAUGGGCACCUGCACACACCCUCCCCGGAGGGUCUCUUCCGCGGCCCCGACCGGUGCUGCCGGGAGCACGACCAGUGCUCGGCGCAGAUCACGGCGCUGCAGUUCAACUACGGUAUCCGCAACUACCGCCUGCACACCGUCUCUCACUGCGACUGCGACGCUAGGUUCCGGCAGUGCCUGCUGGCUCUCAACGACACCAUCUCCAACAUCAUCGGCGUCACCUUCUUCAACCUGCUGGAGGUGCCGUGCUUCGUACUGGAGGAGAGUGAGGAGUGCAUCCAGUGGCACUGGUGGGGAGGGUGUGAGCGUUACGGUGUAGUACCCCUGGCCAGGAUGGUGCAGCAGAAUCAGUACCACUACAGCCCACCCAUGCAGGAGGUGGGCAGCUCUGCUGUGCAGCCCCCAGGCAAAGGAAAGAAGUCUUCUAGAACAGGGCGCAAACAGCUUCGACAAAGACUGGGGCAAAACCCCAGGCUCCGCCAGGCACAGAGACCUGCAUCUACCAGAGACAAGGCUGAGCCCGCAACCAGGCACCCAGCAGCACAGUGGGGGCUGGAGCCUGGCCCCCCAACAGAAAUGACCGUGUUGGAACAGGACCUUGCUGGAGGAAAGCGAGUGCCUGCAGGAACACAGCACAGGGCUGGGGGCUCAGCACACCCUGCCUGCACUCAGGAUGGCAGCAUCAGAUCCAGACUGGCCCCAGCACGCUGUGGAGACACCCCUCUGCCUGACAUGGACAUGCGCAGGCAGCAUGGCCCUCGCAGGGUGUGCAGGUACUACAAGCACCUGGAUAAGUGCGAGCACCACAUUGCCCCCAAUGAGGUGAAGUACCAGCUGCACAACACAGGCACGCAGAUGCUAUUCCACUGCAACUGCACUCACAGGCUGGCACGGUCCCUGCACAGGGCAAGGAACCUCAGUGACGUGGAGGUGGCUGUCCUGGCUGACCAUAUCACCACGGACUGCUUUGUUCUGGAGCCACCCGCUGACUGCAGCCCAGGCAAGGGGCCACAGCACAACUGUAAUGCAGUGACCCGGGCUCUGCUAGUACCUGCACGGCAUCUCAAAAAGACCCUGAGGCACUGGGGUCUUCCACAUGCAACCUCCAAGGCCAAGCUUCCAGACUGGAAGACACAGGACAGUGAUAAUACCCUCUAUGAGCGAUGCCUGCGGCUGGUCUUGGAGCAGAAGCCAGCAGUUCAGCACCAUGCAGUGCUCCAAUGAUGCCCAAGAAGCACUGCCUUGCAUGGGGAGGAAGACAUGCUGUACAGCAGCCACAAAGUGGAGCUGUGUGAUUUCUGGUACUUGAGACAAAGGAUGGCACCGAGCAUGGCUGCUAAUGUGACUGCAUGGAGCUGGGGUUCACAGCUGGAGCAGGGGCAGGCAGAGGGACAGAGAAGCCUCUCAAGGCACUGCAGCUGCAGGGGAGGGCUAUGGCUGCCACCCAUGAGCACCAAAGCAAGGGGAAAGGAACAUGAGGGCUUGAGAAAGGAGAAACCCAGGAUCUUCCUUGCCUGUUGUGCCAGGA